CACGAGUAGUGUAUUCCUUAAAUAGCAGGAAUGAGCCAGAUACUGGUGUCGUCAAGGCCUGCUUUAAAGCGCCUAUUUGCGACUGAAACGCAACGGCGUUGCUGUGCGCCUAUUUUUACGAAUGCGUGCACAGGAUUUGGAAGGAGAAACACUAUUUACUCCUCUAUUGUCUCUAGGGACCAGUUCAUAUGCGACCGGAGAUGCAAUGGAACGCUGAUGAAGGCAGCCCAGACGGCGCAGGUUGUCAGCACCGCAGCUGAUGCUGGUGUGGCUCAUGGCGUCUCUGUUGCAGUAAUUGGCGUCGGCCUCAUGGGCAACAAGAUUGCUCGUCGUCUGGCAUCCCAAGGCGCAAACGUGCGUGCAUGGAACCGCAGCGCAGAUAAGCUGUCCACCCUAUCGGAGGCUGGCAUCACCGUGUGCAACACCAUCGCCGAUGCUACCACAGCGGAUGUGCUGCUGCUGACGCUUUCCGACGCCGCCACAAUCCGUGAAACCAUUUUGAAUGACGCCGUGCGGCACCUGCUGGUCGGGAAAACGGUGUUGCAGAUGGGCACCAUCGGCCCUAAGGAAUCGUCCUCCCUGGCCUCCGAGGUGGUCUCCGCAGGGGGUGUCUACGUGGAGGCCCCCGUGCUGGGCAGCCAGCCGGAGGCGGAGAAGGGCACAUUGCUCAUCAUGGUGGGGGCGGACAGCGACCCGCGGGUCACUCCUGAGGGGCCCGUGUGGCCGCUGCUGUGCGCCCUGGGCCAGCAGCCCAACAUCCACUACAUCGGACAGGUCGGCACUGCGGCGGCUGUCAAACUGGCGCUCAACCAACUCAUAGCCUCGCUCACGGUCGGUUUCUCCACCUCCCUCGGUUUGGUUCAACGCAGCGGAGCGCCCGUGGACAAGUUCAUGAGCAUCUUGAGGGCCUCGGCGCUGUACGCCCCCACGUACGACAAGAAGCUGGGCAAGAUGCUGGACCGGGACUACGGAGCUGCCAACUUCCCGACAAAGCACCUGCUGAAGGACGUGCGGCUGUUCGAGAGCGAGGCGGCCGCUGCGGGACUGGACACCCGGCUGCUGGCGGCGCUCCGGGCGGUAACGCAGGCUACUGUGGAUCGAGGUCUCGACAACACGGACUACUCAGCCGUUUUCGAUGCGGUCGUGUAUCCGGACAUGAGGAGUACGGGGGGGGAAAGUGCCAAAGUGCAGCAACAACGGCAACAGUAG